CUUCAGCUCGAGGCCUCGCGGGACUCAAACCGGACCAUUUCACACUGAUAACCGCCGUUUCUCAUGAUUUAACACCGAUUUUCCAGAGUAUCCGGGUCCCGGGAUUCAAAUAAAGCCCGUGCGGAGUCGGCGGAUCCUCCGGUACCGUACACCAGUGUUCCAGGCUGUUCCUCCAAGUCGUUCAAGCUGUACUCCCCGAAGGAGCCCCCCAACGGAAGCGCUUUCCCCCCCUUCCACCCCGGCACCAUGCUGGACCGAGACGUGGGCCCAACGCCCAUGUACCCCCCCACAUACCUGGAGCCGGGCAUCGGGAGACACACACCCUAUGGGAAUCAGACGGACUACAGAAUAUUUGAGCUCAACAAACGGCUUCAGAACUGGACGGAGGAGUGUGAUAAUCUGUGGUGGGACGCCUUCACUACCGAGUUCUUCGAGGAUGACGCUAUGCUCACCAUCACGUUUUGUCUAGAGGACGGUCCCAAACGAUACACGAUCGGCCGGACGCUGAUUCCUCGUUACUUCAGGAGUGUGUUCGAGGGCGGCGCCACUGAGCUCUACUACGUCCUCAAACACCCUAAAGAGUCUUUCCACAACAACUUUGUGUCUCUGGACUGCGAUCAGUGCACGAUGGUCACACAGAACGGCAAACCCAUGUUCACACAGGUGUGUGUGGAGGGCCGUCUGUACCUGGAGUUCAUGUUUGAUGACAUGAUGAGAAUAAAGACGUGGCACUUCAGCAUCCGGCAGCACAGAGAGCUCAUUCCCCGCAGCAUCCUGGCCAUGCAUGCUCAGGAUCCGCAGAUGCUGGAUCAGCUGUCCAAAAACAUCACCAGAUGCGGCCUGUCAAACUCCACUCUCAACUACCUCCGAUUGUGUGUGAUCCUGGAGCCCAUGCAGGAGCUGAUGUCCAGACACAAGACCUACAGCCUGAGCCCCAGAGACUGUCUGAAGACGUGUCUGUUCCAGAAGUGGCAGCGGAUGGUGGCUCCUCCAGCUGAACCGGCCAGACAGGCACCGAAUAAACGGCGGAAGCGUAAGAUGUCGGGCGGCAGCAACAUGAGCGCGGGCGGCGGCUCCAACAACAACAGCAACAACAAAAAGAAGAGUCCCGCCAACAGCUUCCCACUGUCCAGCCAGGUCCCUGAUGUGAUGGUGGUGGGCGAGCCGACGCUAAUGGGGGGCGAGUUUGGAGACGAGGACGAGCGUCUGAUCACGCGUCUGGAGAACACACAGUUCGACGCAGCCAACGGCAUCGAUGACGAGGACAGCUUUAACAACUCGCCGGCGCUCGGAGCCCACAGUCCCUGGAACAACAAGCCCCCGUCCAGCCAGGAGAAGAACGAGAACCCCACAUCACAGGCCUCUCAGUGAGCCAGGGGGCGGAGCCUGAAGGAGCGGCGACAGCCAAUGAGGAGAGAGGGCGGCGGUCUCAUUCAUCUACCUGCAGAACGUCUUCCUGUCAGCUGAGGAAAUGAGCGUCUCUCUCUCUCACACACACACACACACACACACACACACACACACACACUGGACAGUCUCUAUCCCAGGUUUGCUUGGUGUUUUAUGAGGACGACACUCCUGUAGAUAGUUCAUAUGUUUAAGUUAAGACGGAAGAUAAAACGCCAGCGAGACCUGUUCAUUCACUUCUGUUCACUCCACCGCCCGCUGCUCUGACAUUACUGUUAUUACUGGUGUAUUUUUAAAGAUGUUACACUGCUGGGAUGCUGAACUGCAGGAUUAUUAAUUUUCAGAUUCUGAGUUUUUCUGAUUUUAUAUCUUGAGAUUCAGACAUUUCUCUGAGUUUUCUGAAUAUCUGCUUUAUUCCACAGUGGCGUGUGUUUACUGCAGUGCUGUUCAGGUUCACAUUCACAAUAUUUCAGUGUUGUCAAUCUGACUUGUUUGACAGCAUUAUUAUUUAUCUUCAGAUUGAUGUUUGAGUGCUUCAUUAGUUCUCCAUAACUAUUUUAAAGAUCAUUAGAGCUUCUUUUAAGCCAUUUAAAUAUUUUAAUUAUCAGCUGAAAUCUAAUGUCCGAGUUUGGGGUUCAUAUCUUA